AUGCCUUUCGUGGCCUUGUCUUAUGUUUGGGGCCAGACGGCGCACCUUACCCCGAGCCUUGAAUCGAAGCCCAUUGAGGAUUAUGCACCGUCCAUACGAGACGCUGCUGAGCUCGCCAAAUCCAUGGAUAUUGCGUGGCUGUGGGUGGACCGCACGUGUAUUAAUCAAGGCGACGAAGCAGAGAAGACAUUCCUGAUACCGUAUAUCAAGGACAUUUUUGCCGCUGCGCAGCUAACCAUCAUAUCAGCUGCAGGAGAUGGAGCCCACAAUGGACUUCCGGGAACAAAGGAGACCCCGCGGGAGAAAGAAAGCAUGGUAGAAGUGAUGAAUGGACAUGAGAAAUUCAGCUUACUUCCUUGCCAGCCUAGCUUCAAUGCAUUGUAUGAACCUUGUGUUUGGCGUAAGAGAGGCUGGACCUUCGAGGAGCAAGUCUUUUCCAGUCGUGUUCUCUACAUUUUCCCGACUGAAAUGAUAUUCAGCUGCUGCAAGGGAACAUUUAGGGAGUCUUCACGACUGCACUUCUCCUCUGGCGCUGCGGGCUUUGGAUGGGGUGACAAUGGAGCAACUCCACCCAUCGUUGCAGCCGAGAUAAAUGCCAAACUUCACUCUGCGCUCCCAGGUUCUGGCUACUCCUUAUCUGCAACAGACUUUGUACGAGCGGUGGAAGAGUACACAUCAAGGAGCCUUACAGUUGAGGAGGAUAGAGUCGUUGCAUUUGCUGGUUUAAUAACCAUAUCCGCUGGCAAUCAUCCUGGCAACCAGUUCCCAGAGAGAGCACUACUCAAACAUGGACACCCGCCUCAGUUCUUUGAAACGGCAUUGACUUGGCAGCACGAGGAGGACUUUCAAAAGCGACAGCCACGCAAUGAGAAGCCAUUCGUACCGAGCUGGAGCUGGGCAUCCGCGGGUACCAAGAUUCGUUUCCUUGACAAUGGAGACGAGAAUGGCCGAAGCUGCUUCUUCAACUUCACUUGCCUAAACGGACAUGAUGUUCUGGCAGUACCUGGGCAGUCUUUCUUCGUACCUAGGAGAUUUGCGUUGGCUGAGCCCCUGGACAUUCUCCAAUCUCAGCCUUGGAUGAGAAACCGCAGCGUUCCUCUCAGCUGCCACGAAGCAGCUAAUCCUCUUCCACACCUGCCUUCCCUCCAUAUGGUAACUGUCAUUUUUUAUGGUAGUUUUGUGCGCCAGGACAAAGAUGUGCACAGCCUUGCCUGUCUAGAUGGAAGCCAUGACCAGGAUGCACGACUCCAAGGAAGGUGGUCAGUAGAUAUCGACAAUCGAACUGAGACUGGUGUACCAGCAAGAAUGCUAUUCGCUAUCGUCGCUGGCAAAUUGAACAUAUUUGUCAUGGCGCUUCAGCCUACCUCGGAAGAAAACGUAUACACGCGUUACGGACUUUUUCCUGUGUCAGUUUCCAGUCAUCGCACACUGUUCGCCAUCAUGAGAGGAGGAAAUCUACGUUGGCAGUAUGUCUCGAUUGUAUAG